GCCGCCCGCCAUGCCCGCCACGCAGCCCCGCGGCGGACUCGCGCCGCCCCUCGUGCACGAGCAGAUCGCGGAGCUGCAGAACAAGAUCCAGCUCCUAGAAGGUGACAAGAAAGCCUUUUACGAGAACUCCCAAUGGAACAUCAAGAAGAACAGGGAGUCGAUCUUGCGACUCAGGCAGGACAAUAAGAAGCUGCAUCAGAGGCUGGCAGAUCUCCUGGCGGGAGAGGAGAAGGUCAUCAGGGCUGCGUUCCACAAUCAUGCGUCCGAACAAGGAUCCGUGAAGAACAAAAGUGGAGAGGGUGCCAUUCAGGUCAUCAACCACCGGCUGUGUGAGAAAAUCAACCAGUUGAAUAACCUGAAGCAUCAGGUGGAGAUGAGGAAGCGUCGCCUGGAAGAGCUGCAGCUCCAGUACAGCACGAAGGCACAGGAAGUCCAGGAUUUGCAAGAACUGGAGGAAGGGAACAUUGAGGCAGCCAAGACUCUGCGGACACUAGAUAACCGCCUCGAAAAGGCCCGAUUCAAGACAGAGGAGGCGGAACGCAUCACCAGCAUGUACCAGAAGCUAAAAUCACACAUGCAGGAGGAAAGCCUGCAUUUCCAGAACAAACUCAAUGCCCUCGAAGCGGAGAUCUCCCGCCUGGGCCACGAACUCCAGGACCUGGAGAGCGUGAACAGCGAUGCCCUGCACGCUCGAGAUGCAGCCAGGGAGCAGCUCCUGAGCCAAGAGGAGACCAUUUACCGAGAACGCAAGAUCCGGGAUAAGAAGCUGAAGGACCUCAAGAAGCUGACGGAGGAGAAGAGAGCCCAGAACGACCGAGCGGAAAGGCGGCAUUCACAGAAGGAACAUGUCCCAUUCAGGACCGAAGACCUUCUCCUCAAAGAACCCCAGUACACGAAGCCCACCAGCCUGAAAAACAAGCAGGCCGUGUUCACCGCCACGGAGGCCUUUGACAGGAUCCGAUCAGCCACCGGCGUCACCGACUCCGAAAAGGUGGUGGCCUGCUUCUUGGCCCAGGAAGAGACCUUACAGCAGCUGGAGGAUAUGAAGGACGAGAACGAAGCGGCCCUGGUGCGCCUGAAGGGGGAGAAGGACGCCCUGCAAGCAAAACUCCAGAACCUCAAGUACUCGGGAGAGGCCCAGCUCAUCGGAGACCAGAACCUGCUGAGGAAGCUGCGUGGCCACCUGGAGCAAGAAGAGGCCCAGUGCGCGGCCACCAAGGCCCAGCUGGACAAGGUCACCCGGCUUCUCCUCAACGCCAAGUCAGGGGUGGAACAUCUGGCCUCCAAAGUGCAGCACCUCAAGCUGGACGGUGGCGUCUCCAUUUCCACCCAGCCAGAUGAGAAAUCCAACGACUACGUGCUGGACCUCCUGGGCCAAACAGAGGAGAAAUUGCUGAACCUGAUGAAGUCCCUGGGGGAUCGAGACCAGGCCGAGCUGCUCCGGAGAAUUGAAGAGGUGGAGUUCCACUCGAAGAUGGAGAGGAGGCUGCCAUCCUACAACACCCGCGUCAAACUGCCGGCCGCUCAGAAACAAGACAUGUACUAUGAUGAGGACGACAGCGGGGAGGACGACUCUGAGGUGGUGACACGGGCAGCCCUCAAGCGCCAGUCCCAGCAGAUAAUCGAAGCCAAGACCAAACGCCGCACCCGCUACAGGAAGAAGGAUGCGAAGCUGUGA